CAAGACAAGUAUUCUCUAUUUUUGCUUUAAGAGUAGAAGCUACUAAUCAGCUAAAGACUAUUCUAGGAUUACUAUUAUUAUCUUUAUCUUGUAACUCUUUAUAUAAUAAAGUAUUCUCUGUAUUAGAUAGAGAAGGAG